AUGUCGCUCUCCCCGUCCGACCCGGACAAGGUGAUGGUUAUUCGCAAGGUGUGCGAUGAUAUUAUUACAUGCAGUCUACCGUUUGCUCGAUUCGGAGUUCUUAAAUUUGGCGGUCGUGCAACCCUAGUGCGUCUACAAACCGGGUCUAUCGCAGUCUUCUCUCCCGUUGCACUUACGCAGUCUGUGAGAGAGGCUGUCGAUAGCCUGAAUGGAACGGUGAAAUAUCUCAUCGCGCCAGACAUGGAACAUCAUCUGUUCCUAAACGACUGGACGAAAGCGUACCCGGAUGCAGACGUGAUAGCUCCAGAAGGGCUAUGGGAGAAGAGAGAAAAGAACCCUGACACAGCCGGACCGAGGUUCAAGUAUAUCUUUACGCCUGAGAAUAAGAAGACGCUUCAUAUAUCGGACGAGUUCGCCGCGGAUCUCGAUAUCGAAUACGUUCAUGCCCAUGCCAACCGUGAUAUUGUCAUCCUACAUAAGCCCUCAGCCACCCUGAUCCAAGCAGAUAUGUUUUUCAACCCGCCAGCCGUCGAGCAGUACCAGAAGUCGGAGGAAGGCCCCAGGGACGGUCUCACGAACAAGAUUUACGUCUCGGUCAUGUCGACGGAAGGUAGCGCGAUAGGGCAGCAGAGAUUCAUCUGGUACGUCCUGUCAAAAAACGACCGUGAGGCGUUCAAACGGUCGGUGCAGAGGAUCGAUGAGUGGGAGUUUGACCGUGCAAUUCCGUGCCAUGGUGAUACAGUUGAUCAGGGAGCAAAGGACAUGUUCAGAACCCUAUUCCGAUGGUUCCUCUCGACCCAGGGUUCACAAUAA